CAAGAUGUGAGUUUGUUGCUGAAGGUGCAUUUUAUUUUCACUGCCUUUGUUAAGAAGAUAAUAAUAAUAAUGUUAAUAAUAAUUACAGUCCUACAUGUAAUUAUCGCAUAGGAAGCUGGUUGUGUUUUGUUUUACUGUUCUAAAUACCGGAUAUUUUGUUUUAUAAUAUGUAAUUGUUAAUAUUAACCGUAAAAAAAAUCCCCAAAGAAAACCUUUGAUGUAAUCAAUAUUUUCCAGAAAUAUUUUUUUAUUUCCGCUUGGUGUUUGCAUUAGCUUAGUCAAAAGUUAUGUUCGGUAUUUAGUAUUUUAUUUUGAUAUUCUAACCGGAUGUGUUACCGUUACGUUAGUGUACUUCGGGCUGUGCUGUCUGUGUUUGUCUAUGUGUCACUGCUCCCUCGACUGGCGCUGUUGCCUACACUCUGAUCCGUAAUACAUAGUAUCACAGUAUAGGACUCGCACCUACAAACCCUCAAACGACAGUAACUCGAUAUAAUCCACCACGUUCAUGGCAGUUAUCCGUUUUUCUUUGUGUAACCCCACUACUCUUUAAAAAUUCCGCCUAAAAAGAAAAAGCGCUCUCUCCCCUUUUGUGGGUUUUCAGCAUACGUGAGUAACGUGUACAGCAACUAUCCAGAGGAUUUAGGGGAAACUCUAUACCGAGAGCCAUUUGACUUCAACGCAGAGCCGCCUUGGGAUCCUAGCUGAUAGUGGACGAGUUCAUCCUAGGACUCAUCCAUUUUGUUGCAUAAGUCUAGGACCCCAAGGGCUCGAGAGUAAAUAAGCAAGACCAAUUCAGACAAGCCACAUUCUUUAUGUCUAUCGGAUUAGAGGGAAGCAGUUCAGAGGAUGAAAGGUAUCGCUGAUGAACCACAGUAUUCUGUUGGCCUACUAGAGGGCGGCAUGGCCCUCUGUGAUGUGAUUGACAGUCACAUUUAUGAACAAACUCUGUCUGAGAAGAAUGCAUUCUUUGUAGCAGACCUGGGAGUCAUAGUAAGGCAACAUGUAUGCUGGCGAACUCACAUGGCUCAGAUUCGACCUUACUAUACCGUCAGAUGCAACAGCAGUCCAGCAGUUAUUGAAGUUCUUGCUGCUCUUGGCACUGGAUUCCUAUGCACCAAUAAGUCUGAACUUGAACUGGUGCAGAGCCACGGUAUUCCCUCUGAAGAUAUUAUCUACAGUGGUGUUUGCAAGCAGGUUUCCCAGAUUAAAUAUGCUGCUAGGAAUGGCAUUGACCUUUUGGUGUGUGAUAAUGAAGCAGAGCUACGCAAGAUUUCUCGCUGCCACCCCAGUGCAAAGCUGCUGGUGCUGGUGUCAACAGAAGCAUCUAGCCCGGAUGAUGAGAUAGGAAUGUCGUUUGGCUGUUCUCUUAAGGACUGCAGACAUCUGCUAGAGAGCGCUAAGGAACUGGGUGUGCAGGUGGUAGGUGUCAGGUCUCACAUUUCCAGCUGCUGUGAGGAUGGCCAGGUUUAUGUUCAUGCCAUCUCUGAUGCCCGCUAUGUAUUUGAUAUGGGAGAGGAAAUUGGUUUCAAUAUGAAAAUCUUGGACAUUGGAGGUGGCUUCAAUGGCUCUGAGACCCAGCUGGAACUGAUUAGUAGUGCAGUCAUAUCUGUGGUGGACCUAUACUUUCCUCCUUCUGCUGGAGUUUCCAUCAUUGCUGAGCCUGACAGCCUCUUUGUGUCCUCUGCUUUCACCCUGGCGGUUAAUGUCAUCUCCAAGGAGGUGGUGGCACGAGAUCGCCAGGACCUGGCAAACAAUGAUCCAUCUCCCAAUGAUGAGCCAGAGUUCCAGUACUGUAUGAACGAGGGAGUGUAUGGAUCAUUUGCCAGCAAACUCUCUGAAACACUGAUUGUCGUUCCAUCAGUUCACAAGAACAUACCCCUGGAUGCUCCAGUGUUCAGCAGCAGCCUUUGCGGUCCUUCUGGGGACAAGCUGGACCAGGUAGUGGAGCACUGUCUAUUACCUGAGCUCAACAUCGGAGACUGGCUCAUGUUCAGCCAUGCUGGGGCCUACAGUCUGGGUCAGCCACUCUCAACCGCCACUGAGUCACCCCCACCUCCUGUAUAUUAUGUCAUCUCCUCUAGAGAUUGGUUUGAGAUGCAAGAAACUGGUAUCACCCAUGAGGGUACACUAAAGAACUUCUCAUUAGUCCCUUAUUUCCUCAGCUCCUGCCAAACAGAGGCUGCACUCUCUGUCCCAGCUUAGCAAACCUCACACCAAGAAAACCUUUAUCUUACUAGUUUCUCCUGCUAGCUUCCUCUGGUCAACAUUCCACUGGGAUCAACAGAUAGUGCUUGAAAUUGCUGGGACCAGACUGAAUUCAUCUCACAAACCCCAGUGUAGAGUGUAAGAUGUGAUUAGACUGGGUUAACCCAAGUAGAUGUUAAUUAGUAUGCAACAAAAUGGACGACUAUAGAAAGCGAUGCAGUGUUCCCUGUCCGUUGGGCAUGCCUUGGCACUGCCGUUUACACUCAUACAGUUGACAUAAUUUUAAAUGAUUAUAUGUCAAUUGCUGUUGCCAGUCAUGAAAAGAAAGAUAUGUAUACCUGAGUAAAGCAGUCUGUUUAAAUAGAAACACAGUUCUGAUAUCUUUUAGAGUGAUACAAGAUGUGUAUUUAUGAUUUCAGUUGGUUGUAUAGUUUGUGUUGUGUGAUAAAAGUUUGAUUCCAUUGUUACAUUUAAAAUCUCUUGUUAUUCUCAGUGUUUUAAACUGGAGGUUUGCUGCACUACAUUGCUGCACAUAUAAAUGUGUGUCUACUCGUCUUCUUUGGUGCUGUAAAUGAAGGUAGCCUGAUCAGUAUGCAGUGUCACCAUGACACCCAUGCCUGGACAAAUGAUUAGUGCAGUCUGCUCUAGUGGGGGUGGAAAGCUAAUGGCUAUGUGAUCACCAGUAAACUGGUGUUUCAUUGUUUUUCUAAGGUGCUGAGUAGCUUGCUCCUGGACCAGUAGAAAGACUAGUGGGUAACUGGUAUGCCACAGCAUAGCAAAGCAGGUUUAUUAGCAUGCGCUGCAGAUGAAACCAUGGAUGUGAUUAUGGAUAACGGAUCAGCUGACAUGGAAUGGGGUUUGUUUUUUAAAGCGUCAUUUAUAAUGCUAGAAUCCUUUUUAUUUCUAUUGUAUUUUAAUUUUUUUUUUCAAAAACAUGACUGUUUAAAGAAUAUUAUGUUAUCUUGUGACUUUGCAAAGAUCAUAUUUGUGAAGUUGUCUGCCAAUCUGUGUCUAAGGCAUGAUGAAUUAUCAAGCAUUUGCCUUUUAUUAACUUGUUGCUGUGCUUGUCAACUUGAACAGUAAUAAACACUUCAUCGACUGGA